AUGACGGGCUGGCCCCCCGAGUGUGUAUGGUGCGCCGAUACCGUACACUUAGGCACACACGAAGCCCUGUUUCAUGCCGGGCGUGCCAACGAUGGCGGACUUGAGCUAGUUCCUUGGAUAGUCGAGUCUUGGGAGACCUCCGGAGACCUCGCUUACACCGACUUCAAAGUGCACGACGGCAUAGAGUUCCACAAAGGUUGGGGACCGCUGACAGCUCAUGAUGUGGUUUGGUAUUUCAACCUUAUCCAUCCCCUCAACAACCCGGAGUCCAGACACGACACCGGCGUUCAGCAGCACGGCAUUCUGGAUAACGCUGAGGUCGUUGACAACAAGACUUUCCGAUUCAACUGGGCGGCAUUCGCCGGGCACACUCUCUGGAUGACAUAUACGGACGUCCAAGAGGGCAUGGGGCCCUUCUCCAAGGCGAUCUACGACGACAAGGGCAUCGCGUACAUGGAAGAAAAUAUUGUCGGCACCGGACCUUUUGAGGUCGUAGAGUGGACCGACGCGGAAGUGGUCGAUCUUCAGGCGGUGCCAGACCACUGGCGAAAGACGCCCUACAUCGACCGAGUGAGAAUGCUGCAUGUCCCUGAGGCUUCCACGCGCCGCGCAAUGCUGGAAAACCGGCAGGUCCAAUCUGCCGAAAUAGCAUUGAAGGACUGGUCCGCUCUAUUCGAUGACGGCUUUACGCUGGCUCCCGAGACGACGAAUACGGUGUUUGCCAUCAGCAUGGCGGGGAACUACUGGCAGUCGCAUCAUCCGAUGACUGGAGAGCCGCUUGAACGCACAAGGGACAUCAGCAAGCCGUGGGUAGGUGACCCGUUCGAGAAUGGGGAUACAUUCGAUCCUGAUACCCCCUCUAUGAAGCGUUCGAAGCUUGUACGUGAGGCAAUGGCAAUAACAAUAGACAGAGAGGCUAUUAACGACACCAUUCUGUCCGGGCUGGGCUUGCCACACCACCUUGGCGGCAUAUGGGUUGAUGACCCUAUAUUCAUAGAAAAUCAGGACAUGUGGUCCUACGAGUACAAUCCCGACAGGGCAAGAGAGUUGAUGGCUGAGGCUGGAUACGAGGACGGCUUUGAAGUCGAAUGGUAUGGCGGCCCCGGCAAUAUUGAGAUAUUCGAGACGGUUGCAGCCGGCUGGUUGGGAGACUUGGGCAUCGAGACCACAUUCGACCGCCAGAUAUAUACAUCCUGGCGACCCACCAUCGUUAACCGCACGAACACCGACAUUUUCAACGGCUGCUGUUACGGUCUUCCGGCCUGGCCAUUAGAAUGGCCUCAAAACGCCGCCAAUUUCCCGGGUGGUUACAACACCGCACAAGAAUUCGACGAAGCAUGGGAAAGCUUUGACCGCAAGAGCAACACUACAGACCCGGAGGAGUUGAAGGCUGCUUCUAGUGACUGGUAUAGCUUCCUGCGCGAAUGGCAUGUCUGGCCCGGCAUAGUGCAGCACCCGGGCGGCGCGGUGUAUGACCCCGAGGCGAUGGAGUGGGAGCAGAUGCGGCCGUUCCAUUGGAUGAGAUGGUCGGGGAUGCGCAGCUUCGAGUGGAUACAACUCAAGUAG